GUGAUUUGACAUUUCGCAAAAGCCAAGUUCUUUGUUUGUUGUGAUUAUUCUUGAUAAUACCUUUAAUUGAUAUUUCUGAAAGCCUCAUUACUAUUGUAUUGAUUUAAACUCCAUUAGAGAAACACCGACUGUGGCGGACGGAAUGUAUGACGAAAGCAGCAGCAGCAGCAACAGUAAUAGCAGCAAAGAGUUGACAGACUCUAAGCAUUACGAUGCAGUCUUUAACGAUCUGAUGCAAGAGUGCAAGCAUAGUGCCCCAGGUGCACGCCUCUCUGCAAAGCUGCGGACAGCUUUAGAAAGGAUGCCUCCGGAGGAGCGUCGUGCAGUCUGCAGUAGGACGCGCGAGGGUUGCGCGCCGUUGUUCGUGGCCUGUCGCCGAGGCAACGUGGAGCUGGUGGAGUAUCUGGUGCACGUGUGUGCGGCCGAGUUGGAGCAGCGUGGUGUGUACGAGGUGCCACAUGACCGCUCCACGCACUCCGUCACUCCGCUGUGGUGCGCCGCCGUGGCCGGUCGUCUCGAGGUGCUGCGUGCACUGGCCGACGCCGGCGCCGACCUGGAUGCUGGGAGUGACAGCGGCUCGACCCCGGUGCGCUCGGCGUGCUUCAUGACGCACCUCGAGGUGGUGCGCUUCCUGGUGGAACGCGGCGCCGACAUUCACCGCGCCAACCACAACGGCGGCACGUGCCUCAUUAACUCGGUGCAGUCCGUCCCUCUGUGCGCCUUCCUGCUGGAGCGCGGCGCGCACGUGGACGCCCGCGACAUGCAGCACAAAACGGCGCUCCACUACGCCAUCCAGGAGCACCGCCUCGAGACCGCGCGCCUCCUACUGGACCGCGGUGCUUCCCCUCACCUCCGCUCCCGAGCCGGCGACGACGCGCUCCGUACGGCCUGCCUCAAGGGUGCGUCGCAGAUCGCAGCCCUGCUGUUGUCUCGUGUCCGAUACUCACCGGCUCGGACGGCCGACGCCUACGAGCUGUUGGGUGCUACCCAGCUGGACGAAUUCAACGAUGUGGCGGCCGCUCUUGGCUCCUGGCGGCGGGCGACCGCCGUCCGGCACGCUCACGGCGGCUACGUCGAGAAGACCGGCGAUCCCUUAGCGGAGGACGCAGCGGGCGGAGCGGACGCGCUGGCGGCCGGCGCCCUGGGCGGGGCACGCGAGUGGCGCUCGGCCGAGGAGCUGGAGAUACUUGCCACCGACGUAGACGCGCUUCGCACGCAGGCUCUGCUGGUUGCCGUCCGCGUGCUCGGGGUCGCUCACAAGGACACCGUGUUCCGUCUCAUGUACCGAGGAGCGUCGUACGCUGACGCCUUCCGCUACCAGCGAUGCAUCGACCUUUGGAGCUGGGCGCUGCAGAUUCGUAUAGAGAAAGAUUCUCUGCUGUAUACGGACACGUGUCACACAGCGAGCGCCCUGACCCGUCUGUUGUUGGACGCGGGCGGCGGUCGCCUGGAGCGUGCGCGAGGUCUGCCGAGACACCAGGACGUGCUCCGCGUUUUUACUCUACUGGCGGACCACCUGCCAGAAUGUCGUCGUGCGCUGGUCGCCCGCCCCGUCCACAAGAAGCAGGCGGAGACCUUCGAUCGCGCGCUACGUUGCGUGUCUCACCUCCUCCAUCUCCUGCUGCUGACCGCUCGCUCGGAGAGCGAUCACGAAGAGGUUCGCGCCCGUGUCCGCCGGCUGGUGGCGGCCGACGUUCGCAGCGCCCACACGGGUGACACGCUCCUCCACCUGUGCGUGUCGCGCCUGAACGUAGUCCGCUCCACGUACUUCGCCGACGAGACGGCGGUCCCGCCGGUGUUCCCGAGCGUGAAGGUCGUGGCGCUGCUGCUGAGCUGCGGAGCGGACGCUCGCGUGCGCAACGAGGCGCGGUCAACGGCGCUGCACGUGGCCGCCAUUCCGUACAACUUCUCCACCGUGCUGGUGGAGACGCUGCUGGCGGGCGGCGCGCACCUCGACCAACCCAACCGCUUCGGAGACUCGGCAGCGGAGCUGGUGUCCCUGAACCGCGGCUCCCGCGUCCGCGUGCUGCGUCACGUGUCCCUGGCCUGUCUCGCGGCGCGCGCUCUGCUCGCGUCCCGGCGGGAUAUCCCCCCGCACACCCUGCCGCGGACGCUCCAUGCCUUCCUCGACCUGCACCGAGCCUGAGGCGGUCGCCCCCUCCCUUCGCCCUGCCGGCUCCCGGGCGCUCCGCAGCCGAGGCCUAUCGUCUGGUGCCGUCGAACCUUCCAAACUCCUCGCGAUACAUUCCUGGUUCCCGUACCUACCUACAUAUCUAUCACCCUUGUCUACAAAAUAUUUUUUAUCUAUCUCCUAUAUCAUGUUCGAGCUCGGACUAGUGACGCUGGCUUCCUCUCGCGGUGCCAUCGCCCUGAGAGUGCUCAAUAUCCUCACUUUAUUUAUUCAAAUACAAGAUCUCGAGGCGCUCGAUGUCGUCUUUAUUGUUUUUGAUGAAUUUUAUUAGAAACACGGGAAUGACAACUGGCUGUUAAAUGUCGUGAUAAGAGUCUAUUGUAGAGAAUCGUUAGCUUCGGAAAUUAAUAUAAAUUCUCGUUCGAACACUUUUGGUUGUUUUUGUUAGAAUCGGCAGUUAUUAUUAAGACAGUGUUAGGACUAGUUCGAUCAAGCACCGCGCCGCCGCUCGCACGCGGACCCGGUCGGCGAGCGACGAUGCAGUCACCAGUGUUGUUGUUUUAUAUCAGUAUGUUGUAGGUAACUAGCUCGUAGCAUGUUGUAUCCCCCUCGUAAUCUCUUCACUUCUAGUCAUUUCAAAUAAAACUUUAUGAGUAUUAAAA